UGUCAAUAUUGGCAUUUCAUUGGCGAGUCCAGGACUUAACUAAAUCCUAUUAUUAGGUUCAAAAGUAACACUGCCAGAUUUAAACAAUUUAUAUGUUAAAGUGUGUAUUAUAAAAUUGUAGAAAUAAUAAGUGCCGGCAGCGAAACGUUAAUGAAAAAUAAUGGCGACAACUGCAUAUCAACAUGACGCUGAUGGGGCUAAAUUUAUACCUGCUACACAGCGCCCCGAUGGAACUUGGAGAAAACCUAGACGCAUAAAAGAUGGUUAUGUGCCUCAAGAAGAAGUGCCUCUGUAUGAGAGUAAAGGCAAGCAAUUCAAAGCUCGGCAGAGCACAGGUCUCCCAGUUGGUCUUCCUCCAGAAAUAGCCGCUGAAGCCAAAAAGUCCAAAAAAGGUGUCAUACAACCAAUACCUGGCAUGAUUAUUAAUGUUGAAAAAAAGAAGAAAAAAAAGAAGACAGGUGUAGAUGAAGCCGCUGAGAAACUUUCAAAACUUACAACAUGCGAGAUAAUAGAACCCAGCUUCAAGACAGCCCCGAGUACGACCACCGACCCUGCUAAAAGACUCAAGAACUUAAAAAAGAAACUGAGGGAUAUAGAAACACUGGAAGAGAAAAUCAAAUCUGGUUCCCUUAAAAAUCCUGACAAAGAACAGAAAGAAAAAAUUACUAAGAAAAGUGAAAUUGUCAAAGAAAUAGAGUUAUUAGAGAAAAAUUGCGGAUGAAUUGAGCCAACGUUCAUAACUUUGUAAGAAAUUAUAAAGCAAUCAUUUUCUUUUAUUUGAAAGCUCACCGACUAUCAGCUCAGGAUUUGAGUAUUCUCAAAAAUAAAAUUUUAUUUACAACUAUUAAAA